AUGCGCAGGGAGAGAGACUUUUCUCCGCCAUCCCCCCGCUACGGCGGCGCCCGAAGAGACGACUUCCGACCCUCUGCCGACGGGCCGCCGCUGCCGCGCCCCAGGUCGUACGACGAGCGCGACGACCGCGGCGACCGCGGCGGCAAGUACUUUGGGCGACGAGAUCGAGGCGGGCGCGGCGGCUUGUCUCCAGAGAGAUCGCCCUCUCUGCGAAGAAGAAGAGACGAGUGGCGGGGGCGGGACGGAUCCCUGGACGACCGCGCGGGGCGAUACUCCCCUCCACCGCCCGCGGACGGCGGGUACUACCGCCGGCGGUUCCCGGAACGCAGCGACUCGCCGUAUGCGCGUAGAGGCCGAGAGGGGCGCGACGACUUCCGCGGUCGGCGGAACUCGUCGUCGCCCAUGGAGCCUGCGAACGACGAGCUCCGCGGCAGACCGCGGGGUGGCGAGCGGCAUGGCGGUCCAGGAGGCAAAGGCCGGAGAUACUCUGUCGUGGCUCGAGGCGUCGAUCGCAGCGCGACGCAGGACGACCUGCGCAAGUUUUUCGGCAGAGGCUUUGCAUUCAUAGAGUUCGAGACGGAGUGGGCGAUGGUGAAAGUUCUGAAGCAGCUCCAAGGGGCGGAGUUCCUCGGGCGGCGUCUGAUGCUGGAGGAAGCAGAAGGCGAACCGAGCACUGCAGAAGAAAUGCGUCGCCGCUUCCAGCAGAGGCGCCAGGCGCGUUAUGAGAAUGGAGACUUUGGACCCGGCCGCGGCGACUAUCACAGGCCUUACGCGCGAGCGGGCACGGGGCCGUCGUACCGGUCUAGUCGGGGCGACCGAAGGUAUUCGCGAUCUCCUGAGAGGCGUGGAGGUGAGGACGAGCUCCCAUUCCUUGUUCAGGCCUCUGUUCAGUCCUUUCUCUGCGACUUGGGUUAG